AUGUCGGAAAACAAAAUAGAAGAGGAUCCUCGUAUCAACGGAAUCAAAACUAAGAUCCGUGUCGUUCCAGAUUUUCCCAAGAAAGGAAUAAUGUUUCAAGACAUAACAACAGUGUUGUUGGAUCCAAAGGCCUUCAAAGAUACAAUUGAUCUAUUUGUUGAGAGAUACAGAGACAAGAACAUCUCGGUGGUUGCAGGAAUAGAGGCUCGGGGUUUCCUAUUUGGUCCACCAAUCGCGUUAGCCAUUGGAGCAAAGUUCGUUCCUCUCCGGAAACCCAAGAAACUGCCAGGUGAAACAAUAUUUGAGGAAUACGAGUUGGAGUACGGAAAUGACCGGCUAGAGAUGCACGUAGGAGCUGUUGAGGCCGGAGAUCGAGCUUUGGUCGUUGAUGAUCUUAUUGCGACCGGGGGUACACUCUGCGCCGCCAUUAACUUGCUCGAGAGGGUUGGAGCAGAAGUUGUGGAGUGUGCAUGUGUGAUCGAGUUACCCGAAUUAAAGGUUUGCUGUCGGAAGGCAGAGGCUCAAGGGGAAGCCAUUGUGCAUGCUUGUGGAGUACCGAUGAUUUACUUGAGCUAUAUGGAUUAA